CGGGGACUCUUUGGGUGCUGACAUUUGCAGGCUGCCCUCCUGAUUGGUCCCUUCGCUGAGCUGCUCACGGGUUCACUGAAGUGUUAAGCACCUCCCCGUCUCUCUAAAGGACAUUAUAAUGCAAGAGACCCCCUUUUUAACCACACACCGAAUUUUCUUUCAUUUAGGCGAUCUAUAUAUAAAUAUAUAUCUAUAAGCUUGAGAGAGAGCGAGAUCCGGUGCAACUUUUUUUUUCUAUAAAAAAACCCACCACCAACCGCUAAAAUUUGGGGGGGUACAGCUUUCGCCCUGGAGCGGUGCGCGAUGCUCUCUCACGCCGACCUCCUGGACGCCCGGCUCGGGAUGAAAGACGCCGCCGAGCUGCUGGGCCACCGGGAGGCGGUGAAGUGCCGCUUGGGCGUCGGAGGCUCGGAACCCGGAGGCCACCCGGGCGACCUGGCUGCCAGCGCGGACUCGGUGGAAGGCGCCACGCUGCUGCCUGGCGACGACAUCUCCGCCGUGGGAUCCACGCCCGGCGCGCUCUCGGUCAGCGCCAAGGACCCGGACAAGCAGCAGGGUCAGCCUGGCGGAGGCGGCGGAGGCGGUGGCCAGAACCCCGGCCAGGCCGGCCAGCAGCAGGGCCAACAGAAGCAGAAGCGGCACCGGACGCGCUUCACGCCCGCGCAGCUCAACGAGUUGGAGAGGAGCUUCGCCAAGACGCACUACCCGGACAUCUUCAUGCGCGAGGAGCUGGCCCUGCGCAUCGGCCUCACCGAGUCCCGGGUCCAGGUGUGGUUCCAGAACCGGCGGGCCAAGUGGAAGAAGCGCAAGAAGACGACCAACGUGUUCCGCGCCCCCGGCACGCUGCUCCCCACGCCGGGCCUGCCCCAGUUCCCUUCUGCCGCCGCCGCCGCCGCCGCCGCCAUGGGCGACAGCCUCUGCUCUUUCCACGCCAACGACACGCGCUGGGCCGCGGCAGGCAUGCCGGGCGUGUCGCAGCUGCCCCUGCCGCCGGCUCUGGGCCGGCAGCAGGCCAUGGCGCAGUCGCUGUCGCAGUGCAGCCUGGCGGGGGGGCCCCCGCCCAACUCCAUGGGCUUGUCCAACAGCCUGGCGGGCUCCAACGGCGCCGGCCUGCAGUCGCACCUCUACCAGCCCGCCUUCCCCGGGAUGGUCCCCGCCUCCCUGCCCGGCCCCAGCAACGUGACGGGCUCGCCGCAGCUCUGCAGCUCCCCGGACAGCAGCGACGUGUGGCGGGGAACCAGCAUCGCCUCCCUCCGCCGAAAGGCGCUAGAGCACACAGUCUCCAUGAGCUUCACCUAAUGGCGUCUCCCGCCCGCCUUCCCAGCCAGCCAGCAGCCUGCCCCCAGCCGCGCCUCACGCUUUCCCGCCCUUUUUGCUUCUUCUAAUUCCUCCUCUUCUUCUUCACCUCAGCCCUGCCCUCACUCCC